GCCUGAAAUGUCUGGAGGGGACGAAGCUUGGCGAAGUUGACGGCACUGUGCGUAAUGUGCGCACUGUGCGCAGCAGCAGCCGGCGGACAGGUGGCUGUCGUCAUCCCCGCAAACCAGAUAACGCUCGACAUGUCUGAUAUAAAAGUACAGCUGCGCGCGCGGAGAGGAGCACAGAGCUAAGCACGCACUGACUUCUGAGGAACACAAACACAACGAGGGUGACGAGUGCGUGCGUGCGUGUGUGUGUGUACGUGCCUCUGCGCGCCCAGGAUCAGACAGACAGAGAGAGAGAGAGCAGCAGCAGCAGCAGCAGCAGCGGUCACAGAGCUGCACUCCCUCGCUGAAGUUUGUCAUCUCCAGCGGGCUACACCCGGAGUUGCGCUCCGCCGCGGACAUGGAGCCUCGGAAGUGUACGGGAUGUGUAUUGAUUGGAGUUUACCUGUGGGCGACGCUCUGCUGUCAAGGUUGUCAUGGGGGUGUGUACCAGAGGAAGCUGUACCAUGACCUGAUGGUCAACUACAAUCGGCUGGAGAGACCGGUCCAGAACGACUCAGCACCAAUCGUGGUGGACCUCGGCCUCACACUGCUACAGAUCAUUGAUGUGGAUGAAAAGAACCAAGUGAUGAUCACAAAUGCCUGGCUGCAGCUGUCCUGGACAGACAUUUACCUUUCAUGGAAUCCAGAGAGCUACCCCGGGGUUCAGAACCUUCGCUUUCCUUCUCACCUGAUCUGGGUCCCAGAUAUUCUCCUCUAUAACAGUGCAGAUGAGAGGUUCGAUGCUACCUUCCACACCAAUGUGCUGGUCAAUGCCUCAGGAUCCUGCCAGUACAUCCCACCAGGCAUCUUGAAGAGUACCUGCUACAUAGAUGUCCGGUGGUUCCCGUUUGACGUGCAGAAGUGUGACCUGAAGUUUGGCUCCUGGACCCACAAUGGCUGGCUGCUGGACCUCCAGAUGAUGGAUGUAGACAUCUCUACCUACAUACCCAAUGGAGAGUGGGACCUUGUUGGUGUGCCAGCUAAGCGUAAUGAGCUGUACUAUGACUGCUGUAAAGAACCCUACCCCGAUGUAACGUUCACGGUCACCAUGCGCCGCAGGACACUUUACUACGGCCUCAACCUGCUCAUCCCCUGCGUGCUCAUUUCUGGUCUGGCCCUGCUGGUCUUCCUGCUCCCUGCUGACUCCGGAGAGAAGAUUUCACUGGGCAUCACAGUGCUGCUGUCUCUAACAGUGUUCAUGUUACUGGUGGCAGAGAUCAUGCCUGCCACUUCUGACUCCGUUCCUCUGAUUGCUCAGUACUUUGCGAGCACCAUGAUGAUCGUGGGCUUGUCCGUGGUAGUGACAGUGCUUGUACUGCAGUUCCACCACCAUGACCCCCAUGGAGGGAAGAUGCCUAAAUGGGUUCGAGUCAUUCUCCUAAACUGGUGUGCUUGGUUCCUCCGCAUGAAGAAGCCUGGAGAGGGAAGGAAAACCACAGUGAGCUCCACUAGCCCCUCAAACUACAAGUACUCCCACCCUCCUCCUCCUCACCACACCAGCACCAGCAGCAUCCAGAUGAGCACCAUACCAGGCCAGGCAUCCACCCAGUCGACCACAACCAACGGGAACAUGAACCUGUACUUUGGCUAUCACUCAAUGGGCACAGAAAACCCGGCUUUCCCACCGAGCACCGAUUCCGCUGUGGUGGCAUGCGGCGGUCACCCGAACGGCUCGUCCCCGCACGACAUCCACUCGGAGCAGAUGCGAACUGUGCUGCUGGAGCAGGUGCCGGAAAUUUCCCAGAUCCUGGAGGAAGUGCAGUACAUCACAAGGCGCUUCAGGGCGCAGGAUGAGGGAGAGGCGAUCUGCAGCGAGUGGAAGUUUGCGGCGGCGGUGGUGGAUAGGUUAUGCCUGGUGGCCUUCUCGCUCUUCUCCAUCAUCUGCACCUUCACCAUCCUCAUGGCAGCUCCCAACUUCAUCGAGGCUGUGUCCAAAGACUUCACAUAAGGCCGAUAUCGCCCCUCUCGAAAGAAAACAAGAGAGGCAGAGCUAACAUUAAAAAUCCUGUAACGAUUAGAACUGAGCCACAAGAGCCUCCCUGUGUCUGCAAUGUGAAGUAACACAAGAUCCAGAUGUUUUAGCUGUUGUUACAAGUCACAGUUCUUCAGACCCAAACUUUUCCUCUUUUUUUUUUUUACACAUAUUUGUCACUAAUAUCUUGGUGUAUUGGGGUGAUGUGGUUUUUUAAUUUUAAGGUGGCUCUCUCAUGAUAUGCUACGUAGGAGGUUGAGGCUACGCGCAAUAGUUAAUUAUGUAGAAACACACACUAAUGCACUUUUCAUCUGUGUCCCCACUGCACCACAUUGUUUACCUCCCACCAGUUGAGCUCAUGUCUCACCAUAACACACUGCUCACACUCAAUCCGCUCCAGCUCGCUUUUCUGCUACUUCUUCCACUUCCUUUCUCCACCGUAGUGCAGUUGAUAGAGAAUAAUUUUUUCCCCCUCAGGCCUCUAUUCUAGUAACGCAAGUCUUUUGUAUUUUGUAAAUAAAUCUACAUCUUACUUUCAAUGUGGUGGUGAGACGAUAUCUUUUCUAUUAUGUUUGUGAACUUUCUCACCUCUUUCUUACCCUUUCACCCUUGUUUCCUCACCCAUACUAUUUUCCCAUCAGUUUUCUCAUUUCCUUGAUCCAGGACCUGUGAAGAUGAAAGGUUUUACCAAGUCACACUUAACUGUGACAUACAAGACAUUUACAGUUUUUUCUGAGUUAAUGUAUAAAUCAUUUUUAGAAGGGGUCUCCCAGCAUCUGUCUUCGCUUCCAUCCCUUGUGCUAAACAGUAUGUUUAUAGUGAUUAGAAUAUAAUACACUGUGGCUAUUAGAUCACUUGUUCAGAGAAAUAUUCACAGAAGAUCAGAGCAGGCCAUGAUUGAAAGACAAUAUUUAUCCUUAUGACAGAUCUUUAAAUGUAUUCUGAAGGGACAUCACGCUGGUAGAGAUGCAUUUGGUACUAAUCUUUUGUACUGCAGAGCCCUUUGUGUUUUUACUCUCAUAAUACUCAGCAACAGGCAAACACUUUCUUCUCUAAUCUCUAGCAACAACACGCAACAUGGAUUACUGGGUCACCUUAUGUAACAGAUUUGUGUUGAACCUCCAUCUCCUCACCACCCGAACGUCCUCUCUGAUCCUCAGCACAACAAGACACAAGUGAAUUGCCACUUUUACACGAGCGACUGAACUCAGACGUAGCACUUUGCCACUUCAAGUGAAUACUUGAGGAGGAACCAGGGACGAACAAAAUCAGCAACACGCAGUUCACUGUGGGACCUCGACAGGAACAGUCAUUGAAAUUGAAGUUACACUCAAUCGACGGGCAGAGUAAAGACAUAUAGCUGCAACCCGAUGACACCGUAAAGCAUUUAAAUGUCAUUUCCACUCAUAAUGAACAGAGACAAAUAGUUGAAGCCAGUGCUGGCUGAAGAAUUUUGCAGCUCUCUUCAUGUGGACAAUGUUUUUUUUAUUUCAGUUUUGAAAAUGUAAUCAACAGCAAUUAAUCUUCACAAGCCUUUUUAUGUCUACAUUUAAAUCACAAAUAUGGUCUAGAAUAAAAAUGUUUUGCAAUGUUAGGGGGAACACCAUCAUUUUAAUGCUCAACAAGAUUGUAAACUGGUUUUAGUUUCUUGUUGACGGUUAGAAGAUCACUGCCACUGUCAUGUCGGUAUGGAAAAGCUACAGCCUUCAGGCUGUGUUAGCUUAGCACAAAGGCAAACAGCCAAGACUCCAGGAAGUCGCUGCAUCCACCCAAGAAGUACAGUAAUCAGAGAGCUUUAGAGGAGCUGGUAGAAGGAUUUUAUCGUCUUUGGACAAGUCCCCGUGCUAAAAUAAUCUAAGCAGCUGCUGCAGGCUAUAGCAACACUAUUUUAGACACAUCCACAAGAGUUAACAGAUUGGAAGUUUCAGGGGCUACUGCAUGUGAAAACAGAAAGCUACGCAUUCAUCUGAGAGAACAAAGCUGAAACACCAGUCAGUAGGGAAUAUGAAAAUUGAAGGUCACAUUUUUGAAACGUGGGAUAAGAACAGUUUUCUUCAAAUCACGUUCACACAUGAAACCUCUCCAUUGUUACUUAUUGUUAUUGGUUUCUUUUCAGCAUUUCUUAGAUUUUCUGUAACGAAAACAUGAAGAGAAUUCUGGGUUAAAUAGAUUUUCCUAGUUUUGACUCUGAAAACCUUUUGCUUUAGCUACCACAGACUUUGUUUUAUGACUGGUGUUGUAUUUUGUCGACUUCAGUGUCAUUCUUGUGGUCUGUGCCUCUGCUCAGUAUGAUACAUUCUCCUUCAAUGGAUACAUGACUGUACAAUACUUUUCUGACAAAUAAACAGAGAAAUGUGCUAA